AGGCUCUAGUUGACGCCGACCAGGACAUUUUCCUGCGAGCAUUCUCUGGCACAACUUUGUCUGUCGCUCUUUUAUAUGAGGAGCAAGACAACGUGUGGGUGGCCUGACUCGGAGACCCGACUGUUGGUACGUUGUCAUCUUGCGAUCGCUCAAAGGUCCUGAACCUUCUGAUAUGAUUCAGUGCUCGCAUUUAAGGACGAAGAAGGACUAGGAGAAGGAGAAAUGCUGCUAACCCUUCACAGUACACAUAAUCCCGAGGAAUAUUGCAGAAAAGGAUACUAUCAUGAAAGACGAAAGGCUGUUAGGCACUACGCUUCCUACUCGAGGUCUUGGCGACCACGCUCUCAAGUUCCCGUCUAUUUUCUCUACCAAGUUGUUCUUCAAGCUGCCCACGGAGAAAGGACCCAGCGCUACCUUGACGGUGCACAACAUUACAACAAAACGCCACCAUAUGUCAUGAACGUUCCCGAUGCUCGCUUCAUCGAUCUUGCUCCUCUUCGACAUCGUAAACCAAAACUUCUUCUAUUCAUGGACGGUGUCGAUAUCAUCAUAGAUGGCGAGACAACGGUUGAUAAGGAUUUCGAAGAUCUGAAUAAAUCGGAUCCUGCCUUUGUUGUUGGGAAACUCUUAGGCAGCCGCGCCGAUGACUCUUAUUCCCAGGAGACACUCGAGCACGGCGUCGAGGUCGAUUGGACGGGCCCAAACAGAAACCGGGCCACCGAAUUACUGGGAAAUUUGAUGGCGGGGACUUCAACAGAAGCUUUCGCCAAGUUUCUGGGGCCUACGGAGCGCGGAGAAUGGGUGUAUACCUUCUCUACUGUUCUUCCAAAGCAUUUGGCACUGUCAGCACCAGCGAUCACUGUUGAAUGACUGAUGACUUUAGCUAGCCCGAGAUCCAUCCAGAAUUGAAGAGAUACAUGUAUUAAAUCAUGAAUGGAAAAUCGGCAAUCCUCAUGAACAAAACCAUGUUCGUGAUGGACAGCGAUAUCACCCCGCUGCCCGUUUGAUCCUAUUUACCAUACCAAGACUUUGGGCGCUUAGCAUUCAGGGCUCGCU